CCGCCCACAACUUCCGCUCUGCUGCACGUUAGCUAGCAUGCUGCUGUCUCAACACAUCCGACAACUCUCGGAUUAAUUCAUCUGUUAAUCUCAUCUCGUCAUGACCGAGUUAAGAUGUCGCAAAACAGAGACUCUGGAGGGAGACGAAGAGCGCCAACACGAGCCCGAGGUGCACACAACACAUGUUAAUGGGCCGGUGAAGGAGGAAGAGGAGGAGGAGGAGGAGGAGGAGGGGAGGGUGUCCACUGGUGGAGCUGAGGACAAACAGGAGGAAGAUGAGGGUGAAGGUAAAGAAGAGGAGGCUCAGCAUGAAGAGGAAGAGUCAAAGAAACCCAGAGUCUCCUGUCAAGAGGUCCAAGAUGUCCUCUGCAUCAGGUUUUUUGCAGCGCCUCGUGAGGGUGUUCUUCGGGUGUCUGGCAGCAGUUGCCUGUGGCAUGCUUUAUGCCGUUUAUCUUUCUACAUAUCAUGACAGGAAGUUCUGGUUUUCAACUAGACAAGAGCUGGAGCGUGAAAUCACCUUCCAAGAAGGCAGCGGGCUCUAUUAUUACUACUAUAAGCACAUGCUGACAGCACCAUCUUUUGAAAGAGGGUUUUACGAGCUGACGCUAGAUAACAAGACUGUUUCAGGUCAGACCAUCAACAUAGUGGAACGUUUGUCUCUGUAUCCAGAGCUCAUCACAAGCUUCAUAUACAGAGUCACAAGCAGCCAGGAUUUCGUGGAGCCAAUCUACUUCUACGUUGGAGCGGUUUUCGGCCUCCAGGCGAUCUACGUCACUGCCCUGUUUGUGUGCAGCUGGGUGAUGAGCGGCACAUGGGUGGCUGGCAUGUUGGCUGUGGCCUGGUAUGUGAUCAACAGACCAGAUACAACCAAAGUGGAUCACGCCAUUCCUCUGCGGGAAAACUGGGCUCUGCCCUACUUCUCUUGCCAGGUUGUAGCUUUGACAGGAUUCCUGAGUAAUAACAUCAGCUCUGCCACCGAGAUGUUUUGCUAUCUCACCAUGAGUGCCACCACCUUCACCUUCCUCCUGGUCUGGGAGCACAGCCACUACGUGCUCUUCAUCCAAGGCCUCUGUCUUUUCUUGUUGGACUCUUUUGACCUGCUGCCACCGCGUAAGAUGGCUGACAUUCACAAGGUGUACCUCAGCUCCUUGUUCCUGGCCUACUUGUUCCAGUUUCAGAACCCGACACUGCUCAGCUCACCUCUGCUCAGCCUCCUGAUUGGCUCAGUGCUCGCGAGGUACUUCCAGCAAAAUAUGAAGGUGGGACCUCUUGUGGCCAGAGUAAUGAAGCUCUUCCUACAUUUCCACCUAGUCUUCACCACAGGGAUCACCUUCAGUUAUUUGGUCAAGAAACUAAUACCUGUAAGUGACAGUGACUUCAUCUUGAAAUUCCUUGAAGUAAAAUUUGGGCUCAACACGACAACUGACUUUGUUACCAACUUCCUCCUGUGCCAAGAGAGUUUCCAGACACCCGGUCAGGACUUAUUUCUACGACUGACGCAGGCCUCGGUCCUUCCUUUCUACUUCCUGGUGCUAGGUAUCUGUCUGCUGUCCACCCUGCAGACCAUUUACAGAAGACUCAGUGGUCAGCCAAUGAAAACCAACCUCAGACUUGAAGAUGGACGAAUAGGAGAGCAGCCAGAGGUCAUCUAUCAUGUUUUUCACACGUUGUUAUUUGGAGGCCUCGCUCUGCUGUUCGAUGGGAUGAAAUAUUUAUGGACCCCGUACGUCUGCAUGUUUACAGCGUUCGGUGUGUGUUCUCCAGAACUCUGGAUGACUGUGUUUAAGUGGCUUAAACUGAAGUCCAUCCAUCCUGUAGUGCUGUCUCUGAUCCUGAGCACGGCGGUUCCUACCAUCAUUGGUUUCAGUUUGUGGAGAGAGUACUGCCCUCGUGUCUUAGCAGAGCUGGCAGAUCUGCAGGAGUUCUACGAUCCAGAUACAGUGGAGCUGGUCAACUGGAUCAGGUCACAGGCUCCAGUGGCGGCUGUCUUUGCAGGCAGCCCUCAGCUGUUGGGAACAGUGAAGUUGUGUUCAGGUUCAGCUGUGACCAGUUUACCGCUUUACUCGGACAUCAACCUGCUGAGGAGGACUGAGGAUACUUACCAGGUGUAUGCAAUGAGAUCUGCAGAGGACAUCUAUAAGACUCUGACCUCUCAAAAGACAAACUACGUGAUCAUCGAGGAGUCAAUUUGUAACGAGCUUAGUCUUAAUAAAGGCUGUCGGAUCAAAGACCUGCUCGACAUCGCCAAUGGACAUGUUGUUUAUGACAAAGGCGAGAUUUACUCCUUCUCCAAGCACGGAAGAUUCUGCCAGGAGAUAAAGCUGAACUACUCGCCCUACACAAACUACUUCACUCGAGUUUUCUGGAACCGCUCGUACCACGUCUACAAAGUGAACUCUGUCAUCUCCUUUCAGUACUGACAGCAGCUUCUGCCUCCCUGCUGAGACUUUACUCCAGUGUUUCAGAUCAUAUCCACAACGUAACACAGAGGACUGCAACAUGCCUUCGCAGUGCGUGCUCAGAAAAAAAAAAAAGUCUAAUCACUGUUACCUUACACGUCCCGGUGUAGAUGCAAACUCAAAGCAGCGGGGGUCAACUGAGCACAUUGUACUUUUGUUUGGCCUACGUGUUGAUCGAUCAACAUCAAAGGACCCUGCUGAAGUGAAAUAUGCCAUAUUAAUCACUGUACUGUAGUUUUAUAAGCCAUGUGUUGCUGUUACUGUGAUGCAUUUAAUGAAGGGAGAAGUUGACAUACGUGAGGUCUGUGUGUGUUCUUUGUGCAGAAGCUGAGAGCAGCGGAGAUGUGUUUUUUUUAGGCCCUUUAUUUUGAGACAACCAAUAGUGGUCAUAUUUGUAGUCAUGCUGGAUCUAGGGAGGGCAGUGUCCGCCUGUUGGUCAGUCAGUAGUGCCACCUCUUUUACUUUUUACUGUAGCACCACCUGCUGGUCAAAGCUUUCACAUCUACUGAGACAAUUGUACUGACAUUCAUGAUCUCCGAAGGAGGAGAAAACUUUGUCUCUGUCUGCCUAAAUAGACAAAAUGUGUCUCGUAUUACAGGUAUGACCACCAUUUAUUGUCCUGAGAUAAGAAUUUUAUAUUUUAACAUAUGGUUAAGUUAGAAUAAUAAGCUAACUUGUAUCAAUGAUAAGCCAACAUUAUAGUUUAAAUCAAGCAAAUUUUCAUUAGGAUCUGUUAAAGAGAAAAAGUGAUAAUUAAGAGAAAACACUGGCGUUCUCGCUCUCUGCCACUUUCUGCUCGUUUCCUCUCAAAAUGAUUCAUGCAGUUAAUGUUUAUGUGUUGUGUACAUUUAAAAGGCUGCUGCUUCUCAUAUGCUUAACUUUAAUAGGGAAUACGUGUGUCUGUAAGCUCCCUAUGUAAGUGUGAGGUUGGUAGACACCCACCAGCCUUCUGACACUGGAAGACAAACAACUUGUGAUAUCAGAUACGAAGUUUAGAGUCGCUUCGAACAUGAUGAAUGGAAGAUGGAAGUAUUUGUGGAGUGACUGACUGGUUUUAAUGUAUCUCUGUUUUUACCAUGGUUUUGUUAUGGGGCAGCUCUGUACACAUAAUAAUACAGCGAUGCCUGGCAUGGGAUGGGUUUUAUAUCAACAACCCAGGACAAGAGCAACGGCGUCUGUGAACUUUUUAAACCGAGUUGUGUCUCUUUUUGCCUUAAAGCGCAGUGGAGGCUGGUUCUGAAGCUGCUCUUUUCUGUUGCGUUGUCUUCAUCUUCAUCUGGUUGCCUUAUUUUGAGAUGUAGGAACUGACUGACGUCUCUUCAUCAGUCAGACCUCUUGCUAGAUUUCCCACCCCACGGUUGUUACCUUGAAGUAUUUUUAAUUCUCUCUGGUGCUAUCGUGCAACACUCAAUAACUGUCCCUCUGCAAAAGGCCAUGUAGUGAAUAUUAGGUUUUAUUGAAUGACUUAUGGAGAUUAAAAGUGUGUAUGAGUUGAUAAAUAAAAAAGGCGAUCUCUGUUA